UUUACAAUAAUGACUAAUAAUGGAGAACAUGGUUUCAUAACUCCAAACAUAUUUUAAUAAACCAUGUUAACAUUACACCUGGAUUGAAUGAAUUUACCUGUCCAAGAGACUCUUUGUCUUGGCUGUUAAGUUAUGCAAAGUAUAAACAUAUCACUUUAAAAAGAUUUAAUAAAAAAAGGCACAUUAUUAGGGAAUUGAGGACAGUUUUGUCUGCGUGUCCUUUUCCAGUUAUUUGUGCGCCUCAGAUGAAAUAAGCACAAGCAAAGUGAUCAUGAGAGUGAUUUUCUCUCUCCUUGGUACACUGUGUUCUUUGGUUGGAAACCCUGCCCAUUGUUAAUCCCCGCCCAUCGGUGGUAUUUAUAGGUGGGCACUCUCUCCAGAGCUCAUUCUGCGUUGUGUUAAAAACUAGUGAGCUUCAUACACUUCACUAUAUAAAUGGUUGUACAAGUUAAAUCGAAUUUACCCGCCAUCAGCAAAGCAAUGGAUGGAAACCAGAAUAAAUUGGAAGCAAACGUUCUGCUCCUUGGAGCUGAGAGUGUCGGGAAAUCAGCUCUCACUGUGAGGUUUCUUACCAAAAGAUUUAUUGGUGAAUACGGUGAUAUUGAGUCAAUAUACAGUCACAUUGAUAAAAUUGAUGGCCGGGAGAUCUCCUUCAACAUCUGGGACUCCCUCUAUCCACAGAGCUGUGAGAGCUCCGAGUCCGUGACUGAAGAACAGCUCCGCUGGGCAGAUGGCAUCGUGCUUGUCUACAGCAUCUGCGACCGCGCCAGCUUCGAGGUGGUGCAGCAGCAGGUGGCACUUAUACAGAAGCUGUCCUCUUCAAUCAGCGUCUCGGUGCCCAUGGUGGUGGUGGGCAAUAAGCGGGACCUGCAGCAUCGUCGCGUCGUCUCAAGCGAGGAAGGGCGAGCGCUUGCUCUCUCUGCAGACUGCGGCUUCUUCGAGGUAUCUGCAGCCGAAGCGUACCAUGGCGUUCUGCUCGUCUUCCAUGGACUUCAUGAGCUCAUAAAGGAGGCUAGGGGUGUCAAGAAAGGAACGGCUGGAAUUAUGGGCAUUGUGAGGACUGUGUCUGCUGUCUUCAGUAAGAAACGGGAGUAGGGCCUCUUUUUUAUUAAAGAUGAUGUUAUGACCAAUGUGUCAGGUCCCCAUGCAAAGACAGCAUGAUGUUAAUAGCCAGAAGGGCAAGAGCGAUCUGGACAACCACGAAUCCUUUAAAAGAGGAGUAAAUGUGGAAAGCGGGUUGUCUUUUGUAAGUUGAAGGCUGGAAUGAAGAUCCUACGAAGUUCUCCCAGAUAAGAAGAAGGUUUCUUCAUGUAUCUAAGAAGGUGUCAGCUUCUGGAUAUUGUAGUGCCAGUGACUUUCUGAUCACAAAGUGAAGGAAGGCUCAGAGCUGUCCUGAGAGUUUCAGAAGAGUCUGAGAAACAUGCAAAUACAUUUGAGGGUUAAAAUGAAAGUGUGAUCUUUAGAAGGCAAAUCUGUUCAUACAACCCAUGUACUGUAUAUUGCCAAAUGAAAAGCUUUGUACAUAAUUCUGGGUUUUUUAUGUAUCAAUGCUGAAUAACCUGUGUGCAUUGACUCCUAAGCCAGAUUCUACAUAAAAAAAGUUUCAUAUUCUACUGUUUUAUAGAUUGUAGUGAAUAAAAAUACAUUAAAAAUCAAAUCUAAUUUGUUUUAUUUUAAUGUAGUCGCUGGU